UGGUCGUCAAAUUUUUCAACCAUCGAUAGUAACGAUGUUUUCUUCCAGCCCUGGUCACGCUGCGUGCGACGCCAAAAACCGCGUUUUUGUUUUUAUUUAAGAAAUUGCCUGAGAAACUACAAAGAAUUGCAUUGAAAUGGAGGGCGGAAGCGCAAUUGCGCACAAUUUAGCGAAUGGCGAGAAGCGCACCAGCGACGUGGAGGCUGGACGACUGCAACACUUCUCGGAUCUGCAUCUGCGGCCGGUGGUGCUCAGCGGCCUGACGGCCAAUAAUUUUAAGACGCCAACAAAAAUUCAAGCUGCAGCCAUACCCAUGGCGCUGACUGGCAUGGAUCUGCUGGUGCAGUCGAAGAGCGGCACGGGCAAGACGCUGAUUUAUGUGGUGGCGGCGCUGCAGGCCGUCAACGUGAAUUGGAAUCAUCCGGGAAUUUUGGUCAUUCUGCCCACACGUGAGCUGGCCAUACAGGUGCACGACACAUUCCGCUACUUGGGCCAGAGAAUGCGCCAACUGACGGUCAAUUCGUUUAUUGGCGGCACCGAUGUGACCAAGGAUCGGGACAAGCUGCGGAACUGCCAUGUGGUCAUUGGCACACCGGGCCGCCUGCUGCAGCUGCACGAGAAGGGUGUGUUCAAUCCAUCCCGCGUGCGUCUGCUGGUGCUCGACGAGGCCGAUCAGCUGUUCAUGACGGAGAGCCUGCAGAGGACGGUGAACGAAUUGAUUGCGCUGCUGCCGCGACAGCGUCAGGUCAUCGCGUGCAGUGCCACCUUCGAUCAGAAUUUGGAUGAGAAGAUAGCCCGGAUGAUGGAGAAGCCCAUACUGAUAUCGAAUAGCGAGCGGGCCACCGUGCUGCUGGGCAUUAGGCAGUUUGUCUACGAGCUGCCGGAGCAGAUCAACAACAUGCUGGAGAUGCGCCUGAAGCUGGAGGCGCUGAAGAAGAUCUUCACGCAGCUGAACUACGAGCAGGCGGUGCUCUUUUCCAACUCGAAAAUGCGCGCAGAUUCGUACUGCAAUUACCUGAACGCCGGCGGCAUACCCUGCAUGCUGCUGUCUGGUGAUCUCGCCCAGAGCGAGCGCUCCGAGGUCUUUGAGAGCUAUCGCACCUUUUCGGUGCGCACCAUUGUGGCCACGGAUCUGAUUGCUCGCGGCGUGGACUCGCAUCAUGCCAAUCUGGUGAUCAAUUUGGAUCCGCCCAACGAUCAUGUCACCUAUUUGCAUCGCACAGGACGUGCUGGGCGCUUCGGGUCAAAGGCCAUUGCCAUCACUUUCAUUUCGUCGCCGAAGCAGAGCGAGAACUUUAAGCGAAUUCUGGCCAAGGCCGGCACUGGCAUGUCCGUUCUGCAGUUUCCCACUGAAGGACCGCCAGCGAAGGGCUUUAAUUACUUUGAAUUUGACGCUUAUGAGUUUCCAUAUUACUUCAAGACGGAAGCCAACGAGCAGGACGAGAAUGAGUUGAAUCGAAUAAAGAAACCAAAGUCCACCAAACUGGCCAUCAAAAUAGCCAAUGAAAAGGCAUCCAGAGAUGUGUCUCCAGUGGAGGUAAAGACGCCGAACACAGACACAGAUGCAGCACAACAAAUCGUGGAGGAGUGCGCCCCACGAGCAGUUCUUAUCGCUCCCACUGUAGUGAAGGAGCAAAAGGCCAACAAUUUAGAAUUUGAGAUUAACACAUAUCCGGCAGUGGAAGAUGCCCAGCAGCCAUCUGAAUUGCUUCCUUUGGCCGCACCAGUUGAAUACAUUUUAUCGCCAAAUGAUGACAAGCCCAGCACCAGUUCGGAGGCCAAAAAAAGGGAGAAACUGAGGCGCAAAGCCGAGAAACAGAAGCACGCCAAAAGCAACUUAAGCGCGCCAGCAAAGGCCAACAUUAGCGCUGCUCAGCCACGCUCGACAGACAACAAGGAGAAUCGACCAGCUAAUGGAGCAGAAGUGAGCACAGAGAAGCCGCUGGACAGCCACCAGACAAUCACGGAAGUGCAAGACUCUGCACAAACAUCACAGGCACCAUCGGAUGUGUCACAAGAACCAACACAGACCUCGACAGAAGCAACACAAACCCCGACAGAUGUUUCCCAGGAACCAACACACCUCUCGGUCAGCUCGGCUAUAGCCGAAAUCACCGCAGAGCAGCCGCUAGAGACCCCCCAAGCCCUCAUGGAAGUGGAAGACUCUCCGCAAACAUCACAAACACCAACAGAUGUGUCCCAGGAGCCAACGCCGACCCCGUCAGAUGUCUCCCAGGAGCCAACACAAUCGUCGGGCUGCUCGGCUGCCACUCACCCAGCACCGCCAGCAAAUUCAAUCAAUACGAAAACUUACUGCCUCGUAGUCCCCGCCAUGGACAACAGUUCGACCACGCUGCAGCCUCAUGUGCUGUCGAACACGGUGGACGAUGCCAGCAGCAUUGUGUCGGACAGCCUGGAGUGCGGCUAUGGCAGUGAUGCCUCAUAUGUCAGCCACUACACGGAGAGCGAUGGCCAGAUCAUUUGGCAGCGCUACAGGGCACGGCGGCAGGUGCUCAAGCGGCGUCGUCGCUCCCUCAAGACACGUCCCUGGUACCACAAAUGCUCAACGUUUGUGCGUUUGCACACAGCAUUCAGGAGCGUCAAGAGACCCGGCAUUGAAUCGCUGCUGCCAGUGCUGGCCCAUCAUCAGUUAUUGUUGAAAUUUGACAACAGGGAGAGCAUAAUCCAACGCUUGAAUGCCUACAAAAGGCGUUUCAAGGUUAAGAAUGAGUCGGACUGGCUGGACGAGCUCUACAAGACGGCAAUGGAAGUUUACUCUACGGAUUAUGAAAAUGCCACGGAGAAGGAUAAAUCAGAGAAGCCGCAACAGCAGCAGCCACCAGCAGCAGCGAUGGGUAAGCUGAGCGUUCAUGUUGCCCAUCAGAUGAACAUUCCAGCAGUAGCAGUAGCAGCAGCAGCAUCAGUAGCAGUAGCAGCGCCAGCCCCAGCACCUGUAGCUGUAGCAGCCGUGCAGGCAGCAGUGGAAGAUUCAGAAACAUCCUCCGAAUCGGCUUUAACAUCAGAGGAGGAUGAGGAAGUUGUUGAGGAAUUGAGUUCCCCGUCGAGCGGUUUUGGUGAGAGUACAGAGGAGAGUGCUUCAUCUGGCAUUGAGACCUCUGUCUACGAUCCUUCUUCCUCGGAUCCACUGGAAAAUGAUGAUGAAGAUGACGAGGACACCGAAUGGGAGGACUAUGGCCAUGAGGAGGAGGACCCGGCCGACGAUUCUUAUAGCGAUAUCAGCGGCCUCAGCGCUAUUAGCUCCAACAGCUAUGACAUAAGACAUACACGCUUUAAGCUGGUCAAGCGGCCACUCAAAGAGAGCAGUUCCAGCUAUGAAAGCGAUGACAGCGAUGAAAGCAAGGGAAACAAUGCCAGAGAUGCAGCUACUGCUGCUAGACCCAUUGCCAUUGCUGUCAGACACAAUGCCAGCGGCACAAAAAAAGCAAAAGGUUUGACCACUGGCCCUGAGCAGGCUGGAGGCAGUCGCCCAAAAGCUGACCCAGAGGGGGCUGCAGAAAGCAGCGCCACAGAGGAAGCAGGAGAAAGCAGCGCCCAAGGCGAGCCAGACGAAAGCAGCGCCCCAGAGGUUCGGGCAACAGAACCUCCGGACUUGGACCACAUUAACCGCGCCAUGCAGCUCUGGGAGGAGACCUUCAACAGGCAGUAUCUGCUGAUAGCCAACCAUGUGGCCGCACACAUGUCACAAUUUCACGAGGAAGAUUAGGCACA